AGGCCGAAGGAUGGUUGGAAGGUGUACAGCUCGGCCCAGGACGCAGAGGGGAGGUGUAUCUGUACAGUGGUGGCUCCUGAACAGAACCUCUGCUCCAGAGACGCCAAGGAGGGACAGCUCCGUCAGCUACUGGAGCAGGUCCAGAACAUGUCCCAGUCCAUUGAGGUACUGAACCUGCGGACUCAGAGAGACUUCCAGUACAUCAUGAGGAUGGAGGGCCAGUUCAAAGGGCUAAGGUCAAAGUUCAGACAGGUAGAGGCCGAAGGGAAGACACAGGUCAACAGAAACUUCCAGGAGUUGAAGGGUAAGAUGGAGACCCUACAGCCUCUGAUCCCGGUGUUGGAACAGUACAAGACAGAUGCCCAGCUCAUCGUCCAGUUUAAACAGGAGAUCAGGAACCUGUCUAUGGUGCUCACAGCCAUCCAGGAGGAGAUAGGAGCCUACGACUCUGAGGAACUACAACAGAGGGUCCUGAGUCUGGAGGGCAGGCUACGCAACUGCAGGAGCAGACUCACCUGUGGUAAACUGAUGAAGAUCGCUGGACCGGAGACGGUGAAGACCUCUGGGACACGGUUUGGAGCCUGGAUGACAGAUCCACAGGCCUCCCCUACAAACAAUAGGGUCUGGUACAUGGAUAGCUACACCAACAACAAGAUCGUCAAAGAGUACAAGUCCAUAGCAGACUUUGUUUCCGGGGUCGAGUCUCGAACCUACAACCUGCCGUUCAAGUGGGCCGGGACCAACCACGUGGUGCACAACGGCUCUCUGUACUACAACAAGGUCCAGAGUAACAUCGUGGUGUGUUACUGUUUCGAGACGGGGCGCGUUGUGACCCAGAGAGCCCUGGAGAACGCCGGCUUCCACAACGUCUACCCUUACACCUGGGGAGGCUUCUCCGACAUAGACCUCAUGGCCGACGAGCUGGGUCUGUGGGCCGUCUACGCCACCAAUCAGAACGCCGGAAACAUCGUCAUCAGCCAGCUCAACCCGGAGACACUACAAAUCCUCGGAACAUGGAACACGGAAUAUUCCAAACGGAACGCGGGGGAGUCCUUUAUGAUCUGCGGAACACUCUACAUCACUAACUCUCACCUGACUGGUGCUAAGGUGUACUACUCAUACUCCACCAAGACAUCCAGCUAUGAGUACACAGACAUCCCCUUCCAUAACCAGUACUUCCACAUGUCCAUGUUGGGCUACAACGCCAGGGACCGGGCUCUGUACGGCUGGAACAACGGACACCAGGUUCUGUUCAACAUCACUUUGUUCCACAUCAUCAAGACAGAGGACGAUUCCUGAGGAGGAAGAACUGAUAGGAUCUCAGAGGAACCCACUGGAACACUGACUAACAUUCCUGGUGUUCCGGUGUUCUGCCAGUCAUUGUUGGAGUUCUAUUGUUGUGUCUCUCCAUUUUAUUUUUUGCUCUCUUCUUUUAACAAUCCAUCUUUGGCCCUCUUGUUUUCUUUUCAAAUUCCUAAUGCAAGGCUUAACAUUGAUAGUUGCCUGGAUGGCCAGGUUAUCGAAGACUUUGGCCUGCAAACUCUGGAAAAACUGCAUAAAGUCUCAGCACAAUUCCUGUCGAAUGCAAAUGUAUUGUAAUAGUAGUUUGGCCUCCAAAAAGCAUGACAAACUCUCAGCUCCUCUACACUGGACCCUGUAAGUCUGAGACCAUGAGAGAUUUGGUGUAGGGUUAGUCCAUUUUAAUUCAAGCCAGUCAAUUCAGGAAGUAAACUGAAAUUCCUAUUGAAUAAUUGAAAAAAAAGGCAUCUACUUUUGAUAAUAUCUCAAACUGAAAAGGUGUAAAAGUUUUGGAAUUGUACAUUUAAAACACUUCCUGAAUUGACUGACUUCAAUUCCAAUUGAACCCAACCCUGAUUGGGUGGUUUUGGGUAACAUGCCUCUGAUUGGGUGGGCUUGGGUAUCAUGCAUCUGUAGCUUUUGUAUCCGUAGCAACAGUAUCAAUAGGAGUAUGCUUUUAUUCAGUCUGUUCUGUGAGCCCAUAACAGGUGUCCUGAAUGUCCUCAUAGCAUCUAGAACUCUCUAUGGCUUUCAUCCCAAAUGUCACACUAGAACUCAAAAGUAGUGCACUAUAUAGUGCUCUCUCAGAUGGCAC